AUGGAUCAAGCAAAGUUGGCUAGACUCCAGCAGAGUGUGCGAAUUGGCAAGGGUACCCCGCGACGCAAGACGAAGAAGGUCCACAAGUCAUCCGGAACCGAUGACAAGAAGCUCCAAACGUCGCUGAAGAAACUGAAUGUGCAGCCCAUCCAGGCCAUUGAGGAGGUUAACAUGUUUAAGGAGGAUGGAAAUGUCAUCCACUUCGCUGCUCCAAAAGUCCACGCCUCCGUCCCAAGCAACACCUUCGCUAUCUAUGGCAACGGUGAGGAUAAAGAGCUCACAGAGCUCGUACCUGGAAUCCUUAACCAACUGGGGCCUGACUCUUUGGCGUCCCUCCGCAAGCUGGCGGAGAGCUACCAGAGCAUGCAGAAGAGAGAAAGCGGCGGAGAUGGCAAGAAUGUCGAGGAGGAAGACGAUGAUGAUAUCCCAGAUCUAGUUGAUGGAGAGAAUUUCGAGAGCAAAGUUGAAUGA